AUGUCUAAAGAGAAAGAGAAGGCAAGCAAAGGCCAAAAUGUUGCGUUGGAAAUACACGAGAUAGUGGGGAAGGAAGAAACGAAAGAGACGAAAAAUGUUAAGUCUGAGGAAGAUACGGAUAACAUAUUAAUAGAGAAGUCGGACUUCUGUUUACGACAGUCGGACUAUGACCGCCUUGAAGACGGGAAUAUGUUGAACGACGUCAUUAUCAAUUGGUAUAUCAAAGAAGUUGAAAUACGGCACUUAAAUGUCCGUCUGAAGGUCUUUAACACAUUCUUCUCGUCGAAGAUCUAUUCGAUAUGUUCGAUAGAGGAAGACGAUAAGAGAGAGCAACGGUAUCAACAGUUUCUGAAUUGGAUUGACAAGAAUUCAUUUAUGAUGGACUACCGAUUUUUACUGUUUCCGUGUAUCCUCGACUCCCACUGGUUCUUAAUUAUCGUCUGCAACAAAACAGAAAAGGACGUGCUGAACUGGGCUACCCUUGGCGAAACAGAGGACGGCGCAGUCGAUGAACAUUAUUACGGGAAAGACACGGACACAUCUAGUCUCACAAUUAAGAAGAGAACAGUGGCAGAAGAGUUCGAACAGUCGGAGGAGAGUCUGUCACAAUCCCUUUUGGAAACCCCGUUUAAACGGUCGAACUCGAAGAAGAGUCCGAUAUACCCCAUUUAUCAAGGAACGUCCGAUGAUAAGAAGACUGAGAAACAAGUGGAGAUGAGAGUCGAUUCAUCGGAUGGAGAAGAAUUGAGUUAUAAUGAUUACACCAAGUCACCGUGUAUUUUAAUAGUCGACUCUCUUCGAAGUAGUAAGUCGAGCAAAAAGAUGGUGGCCAAGAUCAAAGAAUUUCUUCGAUGGGAAUUUAAAAGAAAUGACAAAAUAAGCGAAUGGGAGAAUUGGGAAGACGACGAGAAGGAUAUCUUCAUCGACGUCCCACAACAAAAGAACGGAUAUGACUGCGGAGUCUAUAUGCUCUAUUUCAUCAAAAAGUUCAUCAUCUAUACACCAGAUACAAACGAAAAGUUCCAAAGACUCACAAAGAAAGUCGACCCUUUAAAAGAGAGAAAAAAGAUUAAGGAACACUUGAAAAAAGUCAUUCAAAAGGAGACAGGCGUUGUUCUUUUGGAUUAG